AAUCAUCUCAUAAAAUAUGUUUUACACAAAUAAACUAUUGUUUUCGUUUUAAGAGUCAUAAAAAAUAUCAAGCGGUUUCUCUCUCUAGCCAUGGGGAAGAGAGGGCUACCGUCAAAAACAAUCGGAAAAGCUUCAGAUAAUCCGAGCUCUGAUGAAAUCCAGCAAUCGCCGUCUACAUCGAAAGCAUCUAAUUCGAAAGAGAGGGAGGUGGAGAAUCAGAUUGAUAGCGAAAAGAAUGAAGAUUUGAAGGAUCAACUAGCCAGCGUGAUUACUAAACCGGAUCCAAAUAAGAAGAAAACAUUUGCAGAAGUUGUAGGAAUUCAGGAGGACCUGAAUCUAAAUCUGUCCUUUAUUGCAGCUGAGGAACUUGAUGGUAAGCAAAUUAUUCGUUUAUCCAUGGAUGAUGUGAUUGAACCUGGAAAAUACUGGAACUCUGCUUUAGUCUGCUGCAUUUUAGGAGCAAAUCCUCCAUUGGAUAUAAUAAAAGGAUUUCUAUCUAAAAUAUGGAAAACCUAUGAUAUUGAGGACAUAUCCUUCUUAAAGGAAAGUCAAUUCAUUGUUAGAUUUGCUAAGGAGGAAGACAGAGAUGAAAUCCUCAAAUGCACCUACUAUUUCAUGGACAAUAAGCCUGUUUACGUACAGAAAUGGUAUCCAGGAUGCAAAGUGGAUGUAAUGUCUCGUAAGGAUAUACCUGUAUGGGUACAAUUCUCAGAACCGGAAAUGAAAUACUGGAGUUUAACAGGCCUAAGAAAACUUGGAAGUGCUAUAGGGAAGCCAGUGAAAAGAGACAAAGCCAGAGCGUCUAGAAGGAAAUGGUCUUAUGCUAGAAUCCUAAUAGAGGUACAGGUUAAUCAAACUUUUCCUGACCAAAUCCACUUCCUGAAUGAAGAGGGAAGAAUUAUCUCCCAGUCUGUGAAAAAGAAGAACCCUCCUACAGAUGCUCCAAAAAAGCCAAAAUAUAUUUGGAGACCAAAGGAUACUAAGAAUGAAGAAAAGGUUGCUGAGGCCAUUAAACCAACUCCUGUGCAAGUCCAUACUGAUCCACAAAACAGCAAGGAGUCUGUCAGUAAUGAGGAGGAAGGAUUCAUACAGGUUAGUAAGAAGAAGGCUGCAAGGAGAUUUUCCCUGGACAGCAGUGAUAUAAAUCUGGAAGGAAUACAUGCUGAUCUUAGAAUCUGGGUUGUUUGGGAUCAUAAUAAAGUCUGUAUUAGAGUGAUAGAAGAAACUGAUCAGUUUAUCCACUGCAAAGGGAGGUUUGUAGGAGAUGAUCAUGAGUUUUUUGUGUCCUUUGUCUAUGCACAAAACGAGGCUAACAGGAGGAAAGAACUAUGGGAUACAUUGUUGAGAAUAUCUACAAAUGAAGCCUGGUGUGUACUAGGAGAUUUCAACACUGUCCUCAACUUGGAUGAAAGAAUAGGAGGAAAUAUCACAAAUUGGGAAGAAACUAGAGUGUUUAGGGAAUGCUUAAACUGUAACACCCCAAUCCGUAUAACCCGGAAUUACACGAAUUAAGGUAAAACGAGAGUUAAAUAAAAAUUUCGCUUGACAUUCGAAAAUGACAAUUACUUAUAAAUAUUAAAUUUAAAGACUCUGGAUCGCGACCCAUUUAAAAAUAUUUUCAGAGUAAUACGGAAAUACAAUAAUAAUCAAAUCAUGACACAUUUUAAAAUCUGAUGAUCAACAUUUGCCUGCCAUCCUUGCAUCUCCUCUGACUCAAUGCCCUCCGGGAGUGGUUCCAUCAUUGUCUUCUUGUUACCUACGUGUAGUCAACGAAAAAUACAAACUACACGCUCAGCGAAACCGCUGAGUGGUACCAUGCUAGAACUGUAGAAUGAUUCUCAAACAUAUACAUAUACAUAUAUAUACGUCCACAAAAUGCAUAGUAACAUUCAUGAUAUGACACAUAUUAUCAUAUGGUCAAUUUGAUGAAUCAUGAUGAUAAAUAUUUAAUGAUAAUUACAUGAUGGCACAUUUAAUCAAUUUGCUUGUGAGGAUGAUUACAUGAUACCCAUGUAAUCAAUAUACUUUUUCUUGAUGAUGAUUACAUGACACCUAUGUAAUCAAUGUAAUUGUACUUGAUGAUGGUAACAUGAUGCAUGAUCCUAUAACUUGCAAGGACACCCUUGCGCUAUGAGAUUCGCCCAUUUGGUACGACGAACUCACGCGGCCUUAGUCUCACGAAUGAGGAGAGACUAGAAAAAUAGGGGUGGUACUCGAAACCUGAACACCAUGUACGU